GUCCUUUGAGGGAUUCUAUGUGAUUUACACUUGACUUCAUUUGGGGAACUGAUAGCCUCUGUGAUCUACCAAGCAACUAAACUAUUUUGGCCUGACUGCUUGCUCUCUUCUCUGAGUAUCAGAUUUAAGAGGAAAAGAACAAGAGAGGAAACCACACACAGACCAACAGAUCACAUCCACCUGUCCACAGAAGUUACAGAUGAGGUUGCAUCAGAAUCCUCAGCCGCUUGCCUGUCCUCAGAUGACUGCAGAAUGGAGCCUGGUGCUGGUCCUUUCAUCGAAGCCACAGUCCCGAAGGUUCUCCAUGAUGAGCUGAAACUCAAGUACAGCCAACUUUCUGCAGAGUGUGUCAACCUGCGUUCAGAGAUCAACAAACUGAAAUCAGAGAAGGAGGAACUAAAGGAAACACUCAGAAAAACACAGUUUUCCUUUAGCUCUAUCAAGAGCAAAGCGGUGCAUGUUCUGUUUUUCACAGGUCUGACCAGUGUCAUUUUUGAGUGGUUGAUUCAGAAACUUAAAGGCAGUGUAGAGGUUGUGCGUAGCUCUAUGAACCUAGAGGACCAUCUAUUAGUUACCCUAAUGAAACUAAGAUUAGGACUCAGCAACAAGGAUAUUGCUUUUAGAUUUAAUGUCACAGAAUGUGACGUCUCGAAAAUUUUGAGAAGUUGGCUCCCUGUCAUGUCUGCGACUUUAAAACCUCUCAUUAAGUGGCCAAGCAAGUAUGCAAUAUUAAAGAAUAUGCCAAAAUGUUUUAAACCUAAAUAUAAGCGUUGCAGGUGCAUUAUUGACUGCACAGAAAUUUUUAUAAACAGACCCACAAAUUUAACCUCCAGAGCCCAGACGUACUCAACUUAUAAAAGCCACAACACUGUAAAAUAUUUAGUUGGCAUGUCACCUGCAGGAGCCAUUACUUUUCUGUCGGCAGGUUGGGGCGGGCGUGUUUCCGAUAAACAAAUUACAGCAGAGUCUGGAUUUUAUGACCUUCUAGAGCAUAAUGAUGAGAUUCUAGCAGAUCGUGGUUUUACCAUCAGAGAUGAGCUUGCCACACGCGGUGCCACCCUUAAGAUCCCUCACUUUACCAAAGGUAGGAAGCAGCUCUCUGCUCAAGAAGUUGACACAUCAAGGCGUUUGUCUAAUGUGAGAAUACACAUUGAAAGAGUAAUUGGUAGAUGGAAAAACUUCAAAAUUCUGACAACUGUUAUUCCACUCACACAGGUUGACCUCUUAGAUGACAUGGUGAUUGUGUGUGGAGCAUUAACAAACCUCUGUAAAUGCAUAGUCCCAAGAAGAUAACUUGGAGUGGUUAACUUUUUUUUUUUAAUUAUUA